UCUUGCACCAUAUCAGCUUUCAUCUGGAAAUGCAGUUUUCCUUUGAGAAAUUGCUAAUUAUUUUCCAGAUGAGCAGACUGAAAAUGAGUAGUACACCCAGUGUUAAGGGAGAGAUGAAUUGCUGCCCGGCAAAGGGCAACCGCUCCCUCUGUGCCACAGAGGAGAUCGCUGACCUUUACAGGUAAGCCAAAGGAAAUGGGUUCUGUCCUCCUUGGUCCUUUCAGAGAAAACCAGAGCUGGAGGUAAACAAGGGGCCAGGGUGAAGCAGUGAUAUUGUGUUGACAGCGAUUUGUGCAGUGUGUAGGAGCCAGCCCUGCUCUGAAAAAUGAGACUCUGAAUGAAUAAAUCAUGGGCCCUCUCUUAGUAACUUGACAACUCAGUGCAGCCCUUCUGGUGGUGGGAGCUGGCUGGAGCCCUGAAUGCAGGGAGGGACUCAUCGUCCGGAGGCUUUUAAGGGCAGGAUCCACCUGCCUCCAGUUUAGGAGCUUCUCUGUGGGAAGCCUUGCUGUGUAGUGUGGGACCAUGGAGGGAAACGCGCACCUCCUGCAGGUCAUCUGCAAGAUGCGUUCCCAAAUCAACAAGCUGGAGAGGGAAAACAGGGCCCUGAGGGGAGAGCUGCGGGUCUGUGGGCAGAGAGCUGAGCCACCGGAGAGAGAGGCAGCAGGAGGAGGUGGGAACAGCAACGUGAGGAGUCUCACCGAUGAUGAUGGGGAAAGACCAGGUGGCUCUCCAGCAUCCCUGCAUGAAAGCGUCGUGGCUGGUCCUGCUCCAGCACCAAAGGAGCAGAGAGGUACUGAAAAGCCAGGGCUGUCCACGGCACACACAUAUGCUGCCUGUGCAGUAUGUCCCAGCCCAGCUGUUACGUGUCUGCAGGGAAUGGGAGACAAUACCACCAUGACCGUGCGGCGCUACUCCACUGCGCCACCAGCACCUGCUCCUGCCAGCACGAGGGCUCACUGGCUCAGCAAGACACCUCCAAGCAGUGGGCUCUCAAAUGUGCCACCAGCCCCUCCUGCUGCAGCACAGCUCUCCAGGGGAGAGGAGAAAGGGCUUGGAAAGACAGCAGCAAACUGUCUCUCCCACAGUCAUUCCAGCAAAAUGAAACUGUGCCAGGAGCACGUCUGUAAGUGCAGGGGAAAAAUCAAGGCUGUUACUUUCCUUUUACCAAUGGAUAUGUCAUCAUAUUCUGAAAAGCAAGAUUCCCUCAAAAGCCCACAAAAUCAGAGCACAAAACAGCUAACCACCAUCGCUGAAAAGGAUAUGUAAGCUGAUGAAUUUUUAAAGGCCCAUUGAUCCUCAAGAUAAAUUGGCCUUAAAUGAUAGCUGUGUGUCGGGUUCCUCUCCUGCAAAACGCUUGGCAGGAUGCCUGCAGAGAACCACCCAGCUUGUGUUUCAGGUCACUGGCCUGAUGUUUAGCAUGGAAAUGGAAGCCACGACAAAGCCAUCUGGAAGCCCAUACACCAUGAUGAAGCCACAUGAUAGUAAAGGCACCUCCACAAAGCUGCUUCACAACAUGCAUCGAGGAUCCCUUACCUUAAGACUGCUUUAACUAGUGUGUUGAAGCUGGUUUUCAUGUAUUUGUCACAAAAAGUGGAAAAAAUGUCACCACUUGUGUUUGCUGAUUCCCUUGCUAGGAAGGUAUUUUGAUGCGAAUGAUUAAAUAAGAGCUAUUAAAGAGCCUGUGAGGUUUUCUAUCUACAUAAAACUUCACAGUACUAAUGCAGCAAAGAAGAUGUUUGAGAGUCAGUUAAUGUUACCCUGAAUUUCUGCAAAGCUUGGCAAUGACUGUUCAUGUCCAUUUAGGUUUCACCUCUAAGGGAGUGCAGGGGAGAGUAAGCGCUGAUCAGUAUAAAAAGCUGACUAUAAAUUUGUUUCUGGUGUGUUCAUCCAGACAGACACUAAAGACUCAUGUUUGAACACAAAGGCAAAAUAUGGAGAACUGUGAAUGUCAGAAUUUUUUCAGGAAUGGAUUGUCUCAGCACAGUUUGGAUCUAAAAUCAUUAGCAGGAAAUCAGGAAAUAGGUGCAAAGUAAAUGCGAGAGAGGACUACAAACAGCUUGUAAAAAAUGAGGAUUUCUUGUUAGUUCUGUUCAUGUGAGUAAAAAAGGUGUCCCACGUGUUUAUUUUUAUCACUAGUAUUCAUGGAAUCAAAAUACUGCACAGUGCUAUUUCUUAACGCACGGGCAGCAUGAUGAUUAAAUAUUGUACAGAGGAUGCAUGAACAGUGGAUGUUUGCACCAAUAACUUUAAGGAAGACUUUCACCUCAUUAUCUACUUCCACUCUUGAACUUUCAAAAGUGAAAGCAAAGACCUGGUGGUAAAAAGUCCCUUCUGGAUUUUCCAUGAUGUUGCAUACUUGUAUACAACUCUGUGAUGUUUAUUUCCUUUCGCAAUUCACCAUGUUUCAUAUAGUCAGGUACAAAUUCAGUAUAUUCUCACCACUGAAGUAAUAAUUCCAAUUUCACUGAUAUUUUAUUAGUGGAUUUUUAUGUUCAGCUUGGGUCCACAGAGGGCUGCAUUGUAACGUCAAAAGUAAUGAAUCAGACUGCUAGCAAAGGAGGUUACCAUUUGUUCAGUAAAACUUACUGAACAGCUCAUUUUAAAAGGCAUUUACAAGAAGCAACUGUUUAAAUGUUUUAAAGAAAGCUUCAUUGUCAGAAGAUGUGCGUUCAGUUAAGUACCUAAAUCCAGCUGAUUUCACUUAGCAAAGUAACUAUAAACUUUGAAAAUCUGGCCACUACACGUUUAAAGUGCCUGGGUUCUUGAAUAUUCAUGUUUGAACACCAAAUUUAACAGGAUUUGGGAAUCCAUAUGCUUUAGACAGCUUUCAGAAGUCUCAACUUUUAACUUUUCUAAGCCUCAGUUCCAUGAAGCAGCAGUGGGAAUUCUUUUCUUCCACCCUUUUUGUAUCAAUUCAAUGUAGAUAGAUCACUGACAGUAAGAUUGAAUAUUGGUAAGCUUAUGACAAUGUCAGUUGUAGUGGGCUGCUGAUUCUGGUGUCACACAAAUACAUGUAACUUUGCGUAUGGUCAAGAAAUUAAGCUCACUGGACAUGCAUUAGAGGUAUAAUGGUCUUGAACUUUUGUAUACUUGUAGGGAAAAAGAACAGAAAAAGUGGAAGGUAAAAGAGGGAAAGGAAUCAAAGUAGUCAUAGGCAAAUGUCAGUCAGCAUAUUAAUGGAAAGAUUUAUUGUUUAAUGAUAUUUUUGCAGUCUUUAGCAGUGCCCACAGAUUUAAGAAGACAAGAUGAUGCACAGGUACAUUAAUUUUUAAAAGCAGUUGUGCAGAUUUGACCUAGCUCUGCACCUC